GAUUUCACAAACUAUGUUCAAAAGCUAUGCCUUCCAUCCUCUCCUCUUCAAUCAUGGCUCCUCCCAAUGGUGUCUUGCAUAUUUUGUGCCUUUCCAUGGUAACGAUAAUACAAUUCACAUCCUUAUUAGCACAAUCGGAAAACUAUAUCAUCUACAUGGAUCCUUCAGCCAUGCCCAAGGCAUUUUCCGGUCAGCACAAUUGGUAUCUCUCGACUCUUGCCGCCAUAUCCGAUAACUCUGCCGCCAAAAGCCCCUCUUCAUCUAAACUCAUUUAUACUUAUAACCAUGUUAUGAGUGGUUUUAGUGCACGUCUCACCCCUUAUGAGCUCGAGGCAUUGAAAGCCACUCCUGGCUACAUUUCUUGUAUCAAGGACUUGCCUGUCAAGAUGGACACAACUCACACACCCCAAUUCCUCGACCUGAAUACCAAUUUCGGGGCAUGGCCGGUGUCGAAUUAUGGCCAGGAUGUCAUUAUUGGUGUUGUGGACACUGGGGUUUGGCCGGAAAGUGAGAGCUUUGGCGAUGAAGGGAUGGGUGAAAUCCCACUAAGAUGGAAAGGAACAUGCGAGAGUGGUACCGAUUUCAACUCUUCAAUGUGCAACAAGAAGUUAAUUGGAGCUCGUUCCUUCAACAGAGGUCUACUUGCUAGUCUACCGGAAAAUGACACCAUCUCCGUCAACUCCACCCGCGACUCCUCCGGACAUGGCACCCACGUCGCCUCCACCGUGGCUGGGAACUAUGUGAAGAAUGCUUCCUACUUUGGUUAUGCACCGGGAACCGCCACUGGGGUGGCUCCUCGUGCACAUUUGGCCGUCUACAAAGUUAUGUGGAGAGAAGGUUCUGCAACUUCUGAUUAUAUUGCUGGAAUUGAACAAGCAAUUACUGACGGCGUAGAUGUAUUGUCAUUGUCGUUGGGGCUAGAUUUGGUUCAAUUGUAUGAAGACCCAAUUGCUUUGGCUACAUUUGCAGCCGUAGAGAAAGGCAUAUUCGUGGCUGCCUCUGCAGGAAAUGAUGGAUCAUCUCUCAAGACCAUCCACAAUGGCAUUCCUUGGGUGCUAACCGUCGGUUCUGGUACAAUUGAUCGGGAAUUCGCCGCGGUUUUGGCUCUUGGAAAUGGAAUUAAAGUCUCUGGAUCUGCUCUAUAUGCAGGGAAUUAUUCUUCUUCAACCCAAUAUCCAAUAGUAUUCAUGAAUCAAUGUAAAGACUCUGCUAAGCUGAAGCAAAUUCGGCACAAGAUCGUUGUGUGUGAAGACAAGAAAGACACUCUGCAAGACCAAGUCAAUAACGUAAGGGAUGCUGCCAAUCUCACUGGAGGUAUUUUCAUAACCAAUGUCACAGACUUGAGAUUCUUCAUGCGAAGCUCAUUUCCUGCCAUAUUUGUGAGACCAAAAGAAGGUGAAUUAAUCAAAAACUACAUCAAGAACAACAAAGGAACAAAAGCAAGCAUGGAAUUCAGAAUUACAUAUCUUGGAACCAAACCAGCACCAAUUGUUGCUGAAUCCAGCUCUAGAGGACCUUCACUAAGCUGCCCAUUUGUGUUAAAGCCUGAUAUCUUGGCUCCUGGUGUCAUGGUCUUGGCUGCCUGGCCUUCAAACAUUCCAGUCAAUUCAGAAAACACCGAUUUCAAUUUCUUGUCAGGUACAUCAAUGGCAUGUCCUCACGCAGCAGGAGUUGGGGCGCUUUUGAAGGCAGCGCACCCAGAAUGGAGCCCCGCCGCCAUCCGGUCUGCUAUGAUGACCACCGCUGAUAUUAUGGACAAUACGCAGAGUCCAAUCACUGACGCUGGCUACGAUUUCAUUAGAGCAACUCCCAUCGACAUGGGUUCUGGUCAAGUCAAUCCAAACAAGGCACUAGACCCGGGUCUCAUUUAUGACUUGAAUGCAAAUGAAUAUGUGAAUCUUCUUUGCGGGUUGAACUUCACAGAACAACAAAUCCAGGCCAUCACAAAGUCGUCAUCAUCAACUAAUUGUUCUGCCCCAUCAUUGGAUCUCAAUUACCCUUCGUUUAUUGCCUAUUUCAAUGUAGAUGACUCCAAUUCAAACAAGAGAAUUGUGCAAGAAUUCCAUAGAACAGUGACAAAUGUCGGUGAGGGAAUUUCUACCUACAUCGCUAAGGUCCCGGCCUUGGAGGGGCUUAAUGUCAGUGUCGCACCAGACAAGUUGGUGUUCAAGGAGAAGAAUGAGAAGCAGAGCUAUAAGUUGAGCAUUGAAGGUCCGAGAUUGAUAAAACAAGUCCUGGUUUUUGGUUUUCUUAGGUGGGAAGAAGUUGGAGGGAAACAUGUGGUGAAGAGUCCUAUAGUGGCUACAAGCCUAAGCUCAGAUAUGAAUGACUGAGUGAGUAUUCAAUUACACAAGCAAAGGGGCAAUUAGAAUGUGUUGAAUAAACCCUUUAUUUUACAUGAAAAUAAAAGAAAACCCAUAAUCAGAUAUAUAGAUCAAGAUCCAUAA